UCUACUACAGCGAAAACAAAGUCACCAACUUUGUUGUGUUCCCUGAGCUGUCUUGAUAAUAACCCUAUAAAAACCCACCAGCCAGAGCUUCACGCAUUCAACUUUGCACAAACUUGUGAGGAUAAAGGGAGAAUGGCUGUGGCACCAAAAAUGGUGGUAGGGGUGGCUCUAGGGCUGGCAUGGGCCAUGGUGAUGAUUCCUGAGGUGGCUGCAACCAGGUGGCAAGUGGGAGCUAACCGGGGCUGGACUACUAAUGUGAGCUACACAAUUUGGGCUCAGGACAAGCUCUUUAUCAAUGGAGAUUGGCUCUUUUUUGUGUAUGACAGGAACCAGAUGAAUGUGCUAGAGGUGAACAAGACAGACUACGAAUCGUGCAACUCUGAUUAUCCACUUCACAAUUGGAGUACCGGAGCAGGGAGGGACGUGGUUCCACUUAAUGUGACGCGUAAUUACUACUUCGUUAGUGGCAAGGGCUUCUGCUAUGGUGGUAUGAAGUUAGCCGUCCAUGUGAUAAACCCGCCUCCUCCUCCGGUCGCUUCCCCGGUCAAAAGCAGCUCUCCAUCACUCUACCAAUGCAACAUUGUCUUAACAUCUCUUUUUGCCGUUGGCGCCCUGUGGGACACCCUCAUCCGAUUCCGGUAACCAGUACAAGCUAGUAAUAUCUAUCAGGAUACCAGAUUCUACAUUCCUUAACCAAUUUGUGAAAGAUUACCUCUAGAAAUGCUGUGGUGGUUGUUGCUGUGAAUGUUGAGAAAAGACACUUGAAGAUUUGAUUUUAUUUAUUGGAGGAUUUGUCUGCAUAAUUAUGCAAAUGUUUUCUGCUCUUUUGAGUUGUUUUGGGCCACAUGCACCAUGUUUUAAUGCUGUAAAAUAUAGCCAUUGAUUCAGACAGAUCGUCCCUGUCUUUGUUUACUUUACACUCUGGAGAGACAUAGCAUGCCUUUGUUUAGGUGAAAUUGCAGAGAUUCCUGUUGAAAUUUUAAAUACUGAUAC